GUAGGAGAACUAAUGCAUGGUAAAGUUAAAACCGAAAGUGUUCAACUGGAUGCCAGGAAAUUUUCUUUUACUGAACUCUGAAGCAUGAAGAUGUCUCAAAGUCAUAUUAAAGACUUCAUCAUCCUGGCAAUGACCAUAACAGUAUUGUCACUUGUGUACAAUAUGCUCUAUAUCACAGACGACGAAAGUAGUAUUCUCCAAAUUAAAGAACUCGUUCCCGACUUCAAAGUAAAUCUAAAUUCUGAGCCGAACAAUCAUGACAGAUCACUAAAGGUUUACAACGUGACGUUUCUCAAAGACGUCAAUGUCAACAUUCCUGGACAAACAAAAGACAUUAAACCAAAACGUUUGAAGCCACUGGAUCCUCCCCCACCUACCAUCCCCUUAAAGAACCGCGUUCUGCAACCUCCCAGCUCUUCUGACAAUAAAGGGUCGUCGCUGGCAAGUCAAAAGCUGGACAUUGGGAUAAAAAAGCGAAACAAUACAAAGAAAAUAAAAACCGCCGGAGAGAAAGGUAAAAAUGUGAAAAGGGAAGAGAACUCUCCGAACAUUUCAACUAAGAUUCAAAAAGGUACAUCAAAAAUAACCAUUGAGAAACAGGGGAAGCAAGUCAGCUCAGUUCAUGAUAAUGAUGAGGAUUAUGACCCAGACCGACCAAAUGAUUUUAGAGAUGGAGUGUUCGAUAAUGAAAUUAUGUCGUUGAAAAUUGAACAAAAACGUUUCUCUUUGAGAAAGGACGGCGUGACCUUUUGCCCUGACAGACCCCCACAUCUCCUUGGCAGUCUUACUGGCUUUUACAAUGAGAUCACUAAAGAAGAAUUGCAAGAACUUUUUCCAGAAAUGGAAAGCGGUGGGCGUAUUCGACCACCUGAUUGUGUCCAAAAGCAGAGGAUGGCGAUAAUAAUGCCCUAUCGUAAUCGAUUUCCACAUUUGCAUAUUGCCCUCCAUAAUCUGAUCCCGUUUUUGAAGCGCCAGCAGGCCGAUGUGACAUUCUUUGUUAUCGAACAGGCCCCGGGGUCAACGUUCAACAGAGGCGCCUUAUUGAAUAUUGGAUUUCUGGAAGCAGAGAAACUUGGCAACUUUGAUUGUUACAUCUUCCACGAUGUGGACCUGAUUCCAUUGAAUGACAAAAAUCUGUACAGGUGUGAGUCCGACCCCAGGCACUACGCUGUGGCUAUGAAUAAGUUCAAUUUUAAACUAUUCUAUUCGGGCUAUUUCGGAGGUGUGGUUGGGUUCUCCAGGGAACAGUUCCUGAAGGUCAAUGGGAACUCAAACUUGUACAUCGGAUGGGGCGGAGAGGACGAUGAUCUGUUGAAGAGGUUGUAUAAUAAAAAGUACACGAUUUUACGACAUCCAACAACUCUUUCUCGUUAUUUUAUGUUAAAACACACACGAGACAAAGGAAACGAGGCCAACCCACUCAGAAUGGCAAUUUUGAAUGGUGCUCUCAAGCGACAAGAUAUCGAAGGUCUGAACACAGUGAAAUACAAAGUGAUCAAUAUCACAUUGGAUCCUCUGUACACUUGGAUCAAUGUUUCCAUCAAUACCACCGAAAUACUUCUGACUGCUCCAGCCAUGACCCUUCAGGACGUCGACAACGCGAAGAAAAAAUGGCACAAAGAAAAGAUGCGCAAAGAGAAAGCCAGGCUAGAAGCACUUCAGAGAAGGAACGUCGCCAAAACGUCCACCUCUGCCAGAAAUGCGACUCAAAUCAUCUCUCAUGACUCAGUUAACUCUAAAGUCACUUCUAAAUCCCGCGCUAUCCCCUCUUUGGUUGAGUCUCAACAAAGAACUGACGCGUACACAAAUAUCUUAAGAAACAAACUCCCAGAAAGCAAAGUCUUUGAGCCUAGCUGAUGACGCAAAAAGGCUAAGUCAUGGGGAAAAAAGCUGAAUUAUGGGAAAAGGCUGAAUGGUGCGAAAGGGAAAAGUUAAAACUGAUAUAUUGUAGGGACUCCAAUUGUGGAUCGGCAAUCAAUUAAUAAAAUACAAUUAGUUCUUAUAUUUAUAUACAAAAAUUUAAAAAAAAAAUGUAAAAAACAUAAUAGAUUAAUCCUGAAUACAAAAACAUUUGUCGGCUAUGUAACUGUAUGUAAUAUUCGUGCGGCCGUCCAGCACCUCACCAUCAUGUAAUUCUAUUUAUAUAGAUCCACGUUCCUCAUUUACUCUGAACUUUUGAUAAUCAUGAAGUCUAAUCUUCGUUUUGAAAAGCGGAUUACUCUCAAGGCACGGGUAAAUAGACCUCAUUCACCAAAAUAGACCUCAUUCACCAAAAUAGACCUCAUUCACCAAAAUAGACCUCAUUCACCAAAAUAGAACUCAUUCACCAAAAUAGAACUCAUUCACCAAAAUAGACCUCAUUCACCAAAAUAGACCUCAUUCACCAAAAUAGACCUCAUUCACCAAAAUAGACCUCAUUCACCAAAAUAGAACUCAUUCACCAAAAUAGAACUCAUUCACCAAAAUAGACCUCAUUCACCAAAAUAGACCUCAUUCACCAAAACGAACGGUCACGGGAUGACAAUUGAUAAAAACAGCAGAAAAUACAGUUACGUGGUAAUCAUGUUUGAGUCCAAGUCGUAAGUUGUAUAGAAUAGGUAGGGAAGCACACGGCUCAAGAAUGUUUGUUUAUGAUUGGUGAAUGAGUCGAAUUGAGUCUAUGGCAGUAUUGUCUGAUUUUGCUUUAAGGUUUUUGGCCUUUUUUUUCUUUGUUUUGGGUUGUUUAAAACACCGAAUAUCACCGCGUUAAUUUAUUGUAUUGUUACGACAUGGGAUUGAACGAAAGAAAGUAACUCACCGUGCUGUCAGGAUCGCUGGUAUCUUUCCGAUUGCAGAAGCACAAUCCAACUAUGAUCAAUUAAUAUCCCUGAUCAAAAGAAAUAAUGUCACAAUCUCCAAAUCAUAGACUAUAUAUUACAUGGACUGCCAACACUAAGGAAACUAAGCAUAAGUUCCUUUCACCGAGGCGUCCUUGGUUGCGUGGUAAAUUGACUUCCGGUAGAAUUUGUUACUAUAUAAAGAAACUAUUCCCGAAGAUUUUUACCAUCAAUUUUACAGCAAAUCAUAAAUGGAAACUUAAUUGUCAUAUACGAUGUUACAGAGGUAAGUGUGCACAAAUCAAUUUGUGACUUAGAUCUAUGACUAUAAAGCUUUGUAACUGAUUUUCUUAGCCAAUAUAGAUAAUUAGCCAAGCCUGUAUUUCGUGUAUUCUUGUUUACGACAUUAAUUGUCUGCUAAUUGGUGCUGCCAGUUUGGAUUAUUUGUUUUUCUUUUUUUUUUCAUCACAUUUGAUAAUUAUUAUCAUUAUUUUUACAAUGUAUAUUUUAAAUGUGAUAAGCGAUUUACUGAAAGAGUCAAUACAUUUCUGAGAUUGUCAUUUAUUAAUUUUGUAUAUAAUGGGUGAUACAGGCCUAAGUUAAGUCUGUGAAUGAGUCAGUCUAAAUAAAUUAACAAUAUAGUGAGUCAAUAAUUUUAAGCCUACAAUCUUACAUCUUUACCAACUUUUGUUCAGAUCUACAAAUAUUUUUUUUAUUCAAUUUGAUUUUAAUUUCAAGAUAAUGUGCAUUUUUAUCUAUAGUAAUGGAAAAUCAACCAUAAAAAAAAAAUCAACGAUGUAUGUAUGACUAACUGAAAAAUCUGCAUAAAAAUUUCGGCCUUCAAGUUUUUAGUGGGUUUUUUUUUAACUAACUAGAAUCCCAAAUAACAUCCAAUUCUUCUAAAAGCUAUAAAGAGAUCUGAUAUUGUUUCGAAUAUAUUCGCCCAAUAAAAUUUUAGAAUCAUUUAGGCUCUACUUCACUAGAAAGUGAUUGUAGCCUACACAUAAACAUGUAGACUUUCACCCAGAUGUAGUGACCUAUGGCUAUAAACUUUAUCUACAAAUACGAACUUACACACAACACACUACUACACUACUAUAUAUAUAUAUAUAUAUAUAUAUAUAUAUAUAUAUAUAUAUAUAUAUAUAUAUACAUAUAUAUAUAUAUAUAUAUAUAUAUAUAUAAUAGAACACUAAACACUAUUUAUGUAAAUGCCCAUUUUUAAGUUUGUAAAAUAAUAAUUUGUUUUUAUAAAAAAUCUGGCUAUGCCUAUAGUACUUUUAACAAAAUUAUGACUAAAAAUAUUAUGAACGUCGAGUCUCUAGAUUCAUCAUCUUUGUGUGUCUCAUAAACCCAGAGAAUGAAGAUAUAGAAUCUAUAUAGGCCCCCUAUUAUAUAGAAUCUAGCUUUAGUUGACUCUAGACUAGAUCUAGGAUAAUUUCAAGUCUAGAUGUUCAGCUUCAUCUUACCUUGAUCAUGAUGAUUAAUUUUAAUCUGACUUCCUGACUUGUUAACUUUAAACUUAAACUUCGUCUUCCUUAGCCUUAGCCUUAGCUUCUUCAUAUGUGAAUCAUGAAUGGAAGUGCUUGGCUCACAGUGUCACAGAUCGUUCUUUAAACUAUUUGAAGAUCUACUUUAUCUUUACUAACGACUCUAAUAUAUAUCUAGUUUAUGUCUAUAUUUUAUAUGAUAAUAAUAGACAUAGACUCUUAUACUUACAAUAAAGACAAAGUUAUAAGAUCUAGAAUCUGUAUCUAGAUCUAUUCCCAUUUGUGAUUUAUACACUACAGAUUUAAUGUUUCUGAUGAGCAAUACUACUAUCUACAGCCAUGCCCAUUAACAUAGGCCCUACUCAUGUACUAGAUCUAGCUCUUUUGAUCACAACUCAUAUCUUGCCUAGAUAUAAACAACUGUACUAGAUUGGACUAGACAUUCUAAUCGGUUCUAUUUUCGUUUUUCAUUAUUCUGACAUAUUCUAGUAGGCAAUAGGUACCAAAUUGUGCUAUUUAUUCACUGUAGAUCUAGAUCUUAACUUUUCUCUUAACUACCAAAGAAGUACACAAAGGAUGUUGAAAGGUACCCAAAGGGCUCUUAUUGCUACCAUUCAAUGUGUGGAAUCAAGUAUUUACCCAGAUACUGCCACAAUAUGCUCUUAUUGUUUUCAAAGGAGUUUUCACACAGUGCCAGAAGCUGUAUAAAUACAUUUAACACCUGUGCAGGGUAUUUCUAAAGUGAUAAUUUUCUCAUGCAGGCCAAUACCACUCUUUUGUUAUCUAAGAUGUAUAUUUCAAGAAGAAAUGAUGCUUUCUUAUUUCUAAGAGUUUAUCAAUAGGAUGAAUGCCACAAAACUCACUUGUUAUGCCAGAAACUCUUCCUACGAAACUUCCAUACUAGAAUUUGUCCAGUGCCUGUGAUCCUCUGAGUUGAAGGAGAAUGUGCUCCAUAAUACCUACUAGGAGCUUGCUGAUAGCUGGAAGUUCAUGAAUACUAUGUUGUCCUUGAUUUGAUGAUUCUGAAAACUACCAUUUCUGAAGACUUGAGCAUUAUUUCUAUAAUGUAAAAAAAUCUUUUCAGGAAAUAUUGUGUUUAUAAUAUUAAGAAAGGGAAGAUAAUAUUGUUCUUACUAAUAUUAUUGACUUAUUAAAUAGAAAGCACAUCAUUACCAAUAUUCACUUGUCAAUAAAUGUUAGCAUUAUUCAAUUUUUAGUUACAUGUUCAAACUAUUAAAUUUUAUUAUUUAAAUUAUAGCAACUUUCUCUUUCAGUCCAGCUUAAGAAACAUUCCUGUAAAAAGUCUAUGAUAAUAAGUUAAUGUCGAUGUAGUAUUGUUCAGACACUUACAAGUUUAAUCAUCUUUACUUCACAAAAAAAAAGUGUUUGAAUGGUUUUCAUUUGUUUGUACAUCAAAUAUGUAUGAAUAUAAUUAUCAUUUUUAGAUGAAACAUUAAAUACUGAAGAUGACCAUCUCAAUUUCUGAUGUAGGCCUAUUCUCAUUUCAUGAAAUAAACAAAAUAUUAUCUGAAAUUUCAUCCCUUCAUGGUAACUGUAACUGGCUUCAUAAAAAAAUGGAGUGAUGACUGGGUUGACUAUACAUUUUUGUAUAAAUAAUGCAUCAAUGAAUGUA